CACACACACACACACGCAGAGAAAGAGACAUAGACACAGGGGUCAAACGCUAAGCCCGUCCCUUUGGCUGUCUACACAGCCAGCCGUGGGUGGGGAAGGAGGGGGAAGGAGAAGACGCGAGCAGAAAGAAGCCUUGGCGUCGCCGCUCGCCUGCAGAACUGGGAAGGGAGCGACUGCAGCACAGCCGCCUCUCCCGCGCUCCCAAUGGCUCCAGCUGCCGAGUGAAGCGAGCGACGAGCUCGGUACUUGACGGCUGAACGUGCCUGGUGAAGCUCAAGGACGGAGUCGAGGGCGCAGUGAACGCCUCCAGCCAUGGCGGGGACGGAAGGCGUCACGGCAGAUGUCGUUUCAACAGCUGCCUAUGCAUCUCCAGCUAGAAGUCUGGGAGACCCAGGGAUAACACCUCUGUCCCCAUCCCACAUUGCGAAGGACUCUGAUGCAAAUGAUGCAGAGGAGCAGUCCUAUCCUGUUGUUGUGGCUAUAGAUUUUGGCACGACAUCCAGCGGCUACGCCUACAGCUUCACCAAGGAACCAGAAUGCAUUCAUGUAAUGAGGCGAUGGGAAGGAGGAGAUCCUGGUGUGUCGAAUCAGAAAACACCAACCACUAUCCUCUUAACUCCAGAAAGAAAAUUCCACAGUUUUGGUUAUGCAGCCAGGGAUUUCUAUCAUGACCUAGAUCCUAAUGAAUCAAAGCACUGGUUGUAUUUUGAGAAAUUUAAGAUGAAGCUUCACACAACUGGUAAUCUCAAUCUGGAAACAGACCUGACAGCUGCAAAUGGCAAGAAAGUCAAGGCACUUGAACUAUUUUCUUACGCUCUGCAGUACUUUAAGGAACAAGCAUUAAAGGAGCUGAGCGAUCAGGACUCCGGGUUUGAAAACUCAGAAGUGCGCUGGGUCAUCACGGUGCCAGCUAUCUGGAAACAGCCGGCAAAGCAGUUUAUGAGGCAAGCUGCGUACAAGGCAGGAAUGGCAUCCCCAGAAAACCCUGAGCAGCUCAUAAUUGCCCUGGAGCCAGAGGCUGCAUCCAUCUACUGCAGGAAGCUCCGCCUUCAUCAGAUGAUAGACUUAAGCAGCAAAGGACCUGUCAAUGGUUAUAACCCAAGUGAGACCAUUGCCACUGGCUUUACACCAGCUAAAGAACACAUUCGGCGUAACCGUCAAAGCCGUACCUUUAUGGUUGAAAAUGUCAUAGGAGAGAUCUGGUCCGAGUUGGAAGAAGGUGACCGUUACAUAGUUGUUGAUAGUGGAGGAGGGACAGUUGAUGUUACAGUCCACCAGAUAAGGUUACCUGAAGGACACUUAAAGGAACUCUACAAGGCAACAGGUGGGCCGCACGGUUCCUUAGGGGUAGACUAUGAAUUUGAAAGACUCCUGUGUAAAAUAUUUGGAGAAGAUUUUAUUGAACAAUUUAAAAUCAAGCGGCCUGCUGCCUGGGUUGAUCUGAUGAUAGCGUUUGAAUCACGCAAAAGGGCAGCAGCACCAGAUCGGACUAACCCACUCAACAUCACCCUGCCUUUCUCGUUCAUUGACUACUACAAGAAAUUUCGAGGACACAGUGUGGAACACGCCUUAAGGAAAAGCAAUGUAGAUUUUGUGAAGUGGUCAUCACAAGGAAUGCUGAGGAUGAGUCCCGAUGCAAUGAAUGCUCUCUUCAAGCCUACCAUUGAUGAAAUCAUACAACAUCUCAGUGAUUUGUUUGAAAAGCCAGAAGUAACUAAUGUGAAGUUCCUCUUCCUGGUGGGCGGAUUUGCUGAAGCUCCGCUACUACAGCAAGCUGUCCAGAAUGCUUUUGGCUCCAAAUGCCGAAUCAUUAUUCCUCAGGAUGUGGGGCUCACUAUCCUCAAAGGAGCAGUCUUAUUUGGUCUGGAUCCUGCUGUCAUUAAAGUGCGCCGCUCUCCCCUGACCUACGGGGUAGGGGUCCUGAAUCGUUACGUGGAGGGCAAGCAUCCUGCAGAAAAGCUGCUAGUUAAAGAUGGCACCCGCUGGUGCACGGAUGUCUUUGACAAAUUUAUUUCUGCUGACCAGUCGGUGGCUCUUGGGGAGACUGUGUCGCGCAGCUAUACACCUGCCAAGCCUUCGCAGCUGGUCAUCGUGAUCAACAUCUACAGCUCGGAACAUGACCACGUCAGUUUCAUUACUGAGCCAGGGGUGAAGAAGUGUGGCACUCUGCGCCUGGAUCUCACAGGAACUGAUACGUCCGCGCCAAGCAGGAGGGAGAUCAAAACACUAAUGCAAUUUGGGGACACUGAGAUCAAAGCCAUGGCAAUUGACGUUGCCACUUCUAAAAGUGUCAAAGCUGGUAUUGAUUUCCUAAACUACUAAUGCUCCUCCCAUGCCCACCACCUGUUAGUUCAACACUCUGUUCUCUCAUUUUUCAUGUGUCACCAAAAUGGACUUGCAUUUCAGCCAGACGGAAAAAGGAGAGAACAGUUAGAAGGGAAACGUCAGGCAUUUUUGUUGUUGUUGUUCUCAAAAUUAUCUGUUCAGGAAUCCAAAAUUUACAUGGUUAUCAGGUGCUAAACAUCAAACGGAAUAAUCCAAAAUGGCUAAAUGCAUUGUGAGAAUUAGUCAUUGAAAUAUCACUGCCCUCUUGAUUGGAAAAACAAAUAGUUUUACUGGAAGUAUUCCACAUGUGCUGUAUUUGGGGCCCAAAAUGUCAAAGCUCGUAUUCAUGGUCCUACAUUGAAGACCCUAAUACAGCAAAUGGCAAGCUGUCUCACUGAUACCAACAAGUCUGCUUCGGACAGCAGGAGGUCAUCACUGCAGCCCUAAAUUAAAGUGGUCCUCUCAAGUGCUGCUGUUAAUUGUCAGUGGAGAUUUAUAGGUAUGUAGUAGUUUUAAAACCAGACCUCUCUUAUUUAUAUGCUUUAAUACGAGUGCUAGAGGUGAAGUAUCUAGCCUUUCUUUGUAAAAUACGAAAAAAAACAGCACUUACCACCCAGGCAAAGUACAUUUACUUGUUGGGGAUAUAGGAUGACUGCUUCUGGUGGCUUUUGCUUCUGUUUUAGCAAACUUCCAAGCCACAAAGUAGAUUUGUUAAGGCUGCAGCCCAUUUAAAGGAAUCAAUUAAAUUUGCAAAACAUUCACUAAGUAUUGCAAGGAGCAUACAUUUCAAAUUAGGAGAUAAGAUACACAAUAUCAUCUUAGGACAGGCACACCCUUUUGAGGUGAAGGGGAAAGGGAU